AUGCGACCCCCCCGGCGCGGGUCUCGAGAGCGGCGCGCUGACAGCAACUCGCAGACACGGACGCGCAUCGCGCCCAGCGCCGCGCGCAGCCUCUACACGGUGCCGUCGCUGGAGCGGCACCAGCAGCUCGUCGCGGACGGCAUCCCCGGGCUGUUGUCGCGGGACGGCUUCGCCACGGCCUUCUCGCAGAAGCAGCAGCAGCUGGUCGACGAGCUCAACGGCGUCACGCAGGGCACGCCCUUUGAGGGCCAGGACAUGAAGUCGCUCGUCAUCGAGUUCGCGCGCGACCCUAUGCGCGCCUACGCCUUCAACCUGGCCAGCAUGGCCUUCAACAACCACUUCUUCUUCCGCGGCAUCAACACGAACCCGGACCUCGUCUCGACCCCGCCGACCGACCUGCUGCACCAGCUGCAGCGCGACUUUGCCUCGGUCGACACCCUGCGCGAGACCUUUAUCGCCACCGCCUCGGCCAUGUUCGGCCCGGGCUUCGUGUGGCUCGUCCAGCUCAAGGACACCACCCAGUCGGGCGGGCUGCGCAUCCUGCCCACGUACCUGGCCGGCACGCCGCUGAGCGGGGCCCACUACCGCCGCCAGAGCCACGACCUGUCGACGCACAGCGCCGAGUCGCACACGGAGCUGAACAACGUCGGCGCCUUUGGGUCCGCCGCGAAGCAGCCCAACGUGCAGCCGCCGAAGAAGCCGCUGGGCGGCGUCGACAUUGUGCCGCUGCUGUGCGUCAGCACCUGGGAGCACGCCUGGCUGCGCGACUACGGCGUCAACGGCAAGGACGCCUAUCUGCGCGCCUGGUGGAGCAAGAUUGACUGGGCCCAGGCCCGCCAGAACGGCACCUUUGCCGACCCUGAGCGGACCAAGUUCCAGUACUGA